AUGCUGCCAUCGACAAGAGCUGGACAGACGGGAAGGGGCGAUGAUGAUCAAACGACCACAAGCAAUGGACAGGAGGAAGGAUGGCUCAUGCAGGUAGUCAGGAUCCUCCAGCUGGCGAACCCGGCACUAUUGGCAGAGGAAGCAAUAGUACAGGCCAUGGGUCUGGUCAACAUUAGCAACCAAGCUCCAUGCGGGGAGACCGAAAAGAUCCCCAAGGACGUAUCGAGCUCCAUUGCUCACAUCAAGAAGCUCAGCGAUAGCAAUUGGCACACCUGGGAACCCACCUUUAUCGACUGCCUCCAGAGAGUGCACAAUGCGAAGGAAAUCCUGUAUGGUACCGUUGUACCCGGGAGCGAGGAAUACGAUGAAGACCUAGACAAGGCACUCGUGAGCCUCAUCCAUGCCUGCUGCGAUAACAGCCCGGAUAGCCGCAUCGACACCUACACCGUCAGAGGGGUGGAUGAAGAAGUUCAACUUGGUAGCACACUCUAUGCCAAACUCAAGAAGGCACUAACACUAAACGACGCUGUAAAACUAGGCAAGGAACUUGAUUCGAUCUGGAACGAUGCGGCACGCCUCGGAAAGCGUUUCGACGAGGACCUCAAGAAAUCAACUCUCUAUCACUGCACGGCUCAAGAUUGGUUCUAUGCCAACACUGUCGAUGCACUGAAAAUGGCCAGACCAGACUGCAAGUAUGACGAAGCCUACCAUGCACUGGCCAAGAAACAGCAGGAUGGUGAGAUCACUGGUCGUAUUAGAGGAGCAGCAAGGGUUGCCACAAAUGCGGAACAGGGGAGUGCCAACCAGGCGGAGCAAGGACCCAGGGGGAGGCGCGAUCCUUGCAAUCCCUUGGCCCCUCCAAAGUGCUACGCUUGUGGAGGACCAAAUCACAUUGCUCGAAAUUGCACAAACGCACGAGGCACAAGCGAACCUGUCGCUCGUGCAACCCAUCAUAUGGUAAAUGAUGAGAGAAUGCUGCUCACCUCAACGAACAAGGUUGGCCAAAUCAGUACGGCAGGGGACGAAAAGCUUCAGGUGAAGGCUAUAGGAGAUGCCUCCCUUCGGGUCGGUGAGGCCACCAUCCAACUAUUGGAUGUGCUUUAUGUACCAAAACUGAAUGCUAACUUAUUGUCCGUACAAGGCUUGAUCGAGAAUGGUGCACGAGUAAUCUUUGAUGAGUUUGGAACUACCAUAAAGCAGAACGAUGGUACCCAAGUACAAUUCAAAAGGGACAGAAGACAGGGCCACUUCAAAGUGCGAGGACAAGCACUGGCUUUGGAACUGGAGGAAACACGAGAUGGCGUCCCAGAGGACAACCAGAACACAGGAAAACUAGAUAAUGCCCCGGAGGGCAAUAAGGACACGAAGCAUCGAGACAGCUACCUAUGGCAUGAGAGGUUCGGACACCCAGGACGAGACAAAACGAGACAAAUCCAGGCCCAUUACCUAGAGUCGGAAAGAAUGGAGGCACCAUUAGAGCUGGUACAUGUAGACCUGAUGACAGAUUUCAAAGGACAUGCCAACUACCACUACGCACUAGUUGCUGUGGACAACUUCUCCUCUCUGAUCUACGUGGAACCACUCUGCACAAAGAGUGCCACACUCACGGCGCUGAGAAGGUGGAUAGCCAGGAUGGAACAGGCAACGGACAGGAAACUCAAAACACUCCGCAGCGACAAUGGAGGAGAAUGGUGCAGCAUAGCAGCCGAAGACUGGCAAACUCAAGAGGGUUUUAAAGAGUUGUGGCCGUACACAAUCACAGCAGCAGCACACGUGAUGAACCUUACCCCGUCAGCCACCAAAACCAUUCCCCACGAGGCCUUUUAUGGAACCACUGCGCACAAGCUGGCCCAGCAACUGCGAGUCUUCGGAUGCUUGGCAUGGGUUCAUGUUCAACAGAAGGACCAGCAAGGCAAGCAUGGAGCUAGAGCAAAGCCAGCCAUCAUGAUUGGGUAUGACGAUGAACACAAAGCAUGGAAGUUUUGCAACCCGGACCAGCCUGCGUCAAUUCAAUGGAGCAACUCAGCAACGUUCCAUGAGGACAAAGGAUGGAGUGAUCGCCAACAAGAGGCAGUCAGGCCCGUGGUGACUGUGGAGGUCGAGGAGGAGGGUGUCACGCCAGCCAUAGUAGAGGAGGAGACCAGAUCAGAGGCCGCAGUGGAGGAUCUCCUACCAGCCGUAGACAGCACAGUGGGUGCCACCAACACAGCAAUACUGAACCUGGACCCAAUGCUUGGGGAAGCAAUGAAUGGUGAGGAUGCCCAGCUCUGGAAGGAGGCAAUACGAAAGGAGCUAGAAGGACUUGAGGCAAUGGGGACUUGGGAGGUGGUGCACCAACCACCAGGAGUACCACUUGUGGACUCUAAGGUUGUGCUUUGGCUGAAGCUUGACGCUGAUGGUGUACCUGUUAAGCACAAAGUAGCCAUCUUAGCACUAGCAGUGCAGAACAACUGGGAGGUACAUGCUCUGGACAUCACUAUGGCUUACUUGAACUCCACGUUAAAGGAAGCAAUCUACAUGAAGCUGCCAGAAGGAUCAGGAGUAGCACCCGGCAAGGUGUACAAGGUAGUCAAGGGCCUAUAUGGCCUAAAGCAGUCUGGGCGAGAAUGGAAUCAGGAGUUCGACAGGUCUUUGCGAUGCAUGGGGUUCUUCCAGGUAGAGUGCGCUCCCUGCAUCUACACCAAGGGACAGGGUGAAGAUAUGGCCAUUGUGGUCAUCUACGUCGAUGAUACAUUAGUCAUAGCACCACAGCUGGAAACGGUCCUAAAGGUUAAGAAGCAGAUUGGUCAGAGAUGGAAGAUGGAAGAUAGUGGUGAGGUCUCUCACUUCUUGGGCAUCAAAAUCAGUCGAGACCGUGCGAUGCGCACCAUGACGAUUGGUCAGUCAGGGUACAUCGACCAAGUGCUGGCAAAGCACCUGGACAAACGCACAAAGCCGACCAUGGUUCCAAUGCAGAGCAUACCGGAGGGAACCCUUGUCGCAAGCGCAGCACAACAGAAGGAGUAUCUGGUGAUUGUUGGCAAGCUGCUCUGGGUUGCCAACAGCACCCAGCCCGACCUUAGUCUCACCAUGGGUGUUCUCGCUAGGCACAUGCAUGAACCAUCGCAGGAGCAUUAUCAGGCAGCACAAAGGGUCUUACGCUACCUCGAAAGCACAAGGCAGGUUGGAUUGGUUUAUAGGGCAAGUGAGUUGCAAGAGCCACUGGUUGCACACAGCGAUGCAAACUGGGCAAGCGAUGCCACCAUACAGAGAAGAAGCACAUCGGGGUCAGUGGCAUUAGUGUACAGGAACCCAGUAGCCUGGAAGUCAGCGACACAAAAAUGCGUGUCAUUGUCUGCUGUCGAGGCAGAGUUCAUUGCAGCCACGGAAGCAACACGUGAGGUGCUCUUCCUCAAGCAGCUGCUACGCUCAAUUGGCAUUGCCACAGGCACACCGACAGUCUACUCGGACAACACUGGUUGCAUACAGGUUAGUAAGGACCCAGCACAGCACUGGAAGCUUAAGCACAUCGACACCAAGUAUCACUUCGUCCGUAACAAUGUACAAGAGGGAAGGGUGCAGAUCAAGUACGUAGACACCACAAGAAACUUGGCAGACGUACUCACGAAGCCCAUUGGGAGGCAGGCAAUGCAGCAAGCAAGAUCUGGGCUACACCUGCAAAUACCGGCAGCAGUGUACGGAACGGGGUCCCCGAGCUAUGCGACAGUGUUGAAGAACGGAGGUCACACCUUGAAGCAACAGCAUAAUGAACAGGGUACAUAUGCUGUUGAGGGGGGGAGUUGA